AGUUUGGGUAAAAGGAAAGUGGCAUCAUGGAAUGGAAUCCCGUCGUGGAAACGCAUUAUGAAAGUAAAUGAGUUCAAUUCUUCAUCACUAAGGCACCUCCCCACGUACGGACUCAAAAACAAAACCCUAAACCUUAUAUCCUUCAAACUUCAAACUUCAAACUAUAAAUAUCGCCAUUCAUGACUUAAUUCCUCCCAUCUUCAACCCUUUUUUCUUAUCUCAUCCAUUAAUAUAAUGGAUAUCAAAGAAUCUGCCAACCACCACAACGACGCCGGAUUCCGCCUUCUCAAGCAGCUCCUCCACACCGAACAUUAUAAAGCUAAGAACAUCAUAUUCUCCCCAUUCUCCAUCUACACGAUGCUCACUCUCCUCGCCAAUGGAGCUUCACCCCACGGCCAAAUGAUCCAACAUUUGCUUUACUUCCUCAAAUUUCGAUCCCUCCCACAACUCAACUCCUUCCUUUCUAAGCUUUUUCCCUCCCUCUUCGGAGACGCAUCCACCAAAUGCGGUCCUAUCGUCACCACCGCCAACGGCGUUUGGCUCGCCGAUGAUCUUCCUGUUAACCCGUCGUUUCAGAAGCUUCUCGAAACUCUCUACCAUGGAAAACUCAACCUUGUUGAUUUCGUGAACAAGCGGCGUGAAGUGAUGGAAGAUGCGAAUUCGUGGGUUAAAGAACAGACUCGAGGACUCAUUCCCGAAAUCUUGAAAGGCAUAGACGAAUCAUCCCGAAUGAUUUUAGCUAACGCAGUCUACUUCAAAGCUGCUUGGUCUAAUAAAUUCAAGAAGUCCUUAACCAAGGACCAAAAUUUUUACCUUCUCGAUGGAACCUCCCGCAAAGUUCCUUUCAUGUCCGACUCACUUAGUUACCCCAGACGUGUCUCUGUUUUCGACAGCUUCAAAGUCGCAUCCCUCCCUUACAUAGGCGCCAUCCGCGGAAAAUUCCAAAGACCUAGCCGUUUCUCCAUGCUUAUCUUCCUCCCAAAUGAUCGCGAUGGAUUGCCUUCUUUGAUCCAAAGAGCCUGCUCUGAGUCUGGAUUCAUUGACCGCCAUGUGCCUCCAAAACCGGUGAUGUUACAUGAAUUUAAGAUCCCCAAGUUCAAAUUCGGUUUGGAUUUCGAAUUGGAGGACAUCCUGAGGGAAUUAGGGCUGGGUUUGGUGUUUUCGGGUGAGUCGGGUUUCACGGGGAUGGUGGAAGAUCCGGCGGGGAGAGAAGUGUAUGUUUCGAAGAUGUUUCAUAAGGCGGUGAUUAGCGUGGACGAAGAGGGGACGGAGGCGGCGGCGGUGACAAUGGGAUUAAUGUUGGGAUGCAGUCUUGGGAAAGGGAGAGUGGAGAAGAUUGAAUUUGUUGCGGAUCAUCCGUUUUUGUUUGUGAUUAAAGAAGAUGAGAGUGGAGCUGUUCUGUUCGUGGGUCAGGUACUUGAUCCUUCUCUCCAUUAAUGUAAUCAUUGAAAGUUUGGAAUUUGAAGGUUAAUUACAUGUAUGUGUUCAAAUGUUUUGCAGUUUGUGGUGUUGGAUUAGUACUGUUUGUGUUUAAUCUGAAUUUAACUAAUGCUAAAUUUCUAAAGGUAGAAAUGAUAUCAUGAAAACUACUUUGAGGUAGUUGAUGUAUAUAUAAAUGUUCACUUUCAAUAAUGAAGACCUCAGUUUUAAAGAAAA